ACACACCACACACACCACACACACACACACACACACAGCACACACACACACAUGCAUACACACACACACAUUCACAGCACACACACACAGAGCAACAAGAAUGGUACCACGUCGUGUCGGCAUCUCCACCCGCCUCAACACGGCCUUCGUCGUCAGUGCUGUCCUUGUCACAGCCCAUGUUGGGAUUCUCCUUCUCAGCGCGGACAACAGUGCCGGAGCCGCCGUGUUGGAAGAGGACGAUGCGGGCUCCUUGCACAUCAGCACAAACGAUCCUGCACGCCAGCCCGUGUUCAUGAACGGCAUGGACGUGGCCCACCUCUUCCAGCUCACCCAAGAACAGCAGCGCGCAAUCGCGAAGCAGCGUCGUAUCAACGCCGCACAGGACCAUGCCAUCACCUCCAUAGCCGCCAGGCUGCGUGCGCUUGAGCAGCCGUCAUCCGAAUCCAUGUCUUCCUCAUCGUCAUCCCCUACCACCACCACCACCACGGUACACGACGCCACGUCCUCCACAUCGUCAUCCCCGACCACCACCACCACGGUACACGACGCCACGUCCUCCACAUCGUCAUCCCCGACCACCACCACCACGGUACACGACGCCACGUCCUCCACAUCGUCAUCCCCGACCACCACCACCACGGUGCACGAAGCCACGUCUUCCACAUCGUCAUCCCCUACCACCACGUCUUCCUCAUCGACCUUCUCAGAGUUCCCUAUUCAGCCCACAAGGAACUAAUCAUUCUCCUUGACAUGAAGAGCACCACCACAGGCACGACCACUCUUCGCUUUACCACGUGAACAGCGUGGCAAUGCGACGUACUUGUACUAGCUUAAGGCAACGGCCUUAUUUUUACUGCCUCCCAGACAAUACCGACGCUGUGCACGUCAUUGAGCCUGCAUGCUGCUGAUGCCGUGCGUACGCGCGUUGUUGUGCGUGCGUGUGACCGUACUCACAUCUACUCGCAUCAUGCGCGUGCUUUCUACGUCACAACGCUGCUUCACCAUGUUAUCGCGCUAUUGGCUUUUCUCUUGUCGCUUUGGCACUACUGGCCACACUCUUGCUCAGAUUCGCAC